UGGCUCGCGACGGUUCCUUUGUUAUGGGAAAGGGGAAAGUGGUGACCGCGCCCAGCGUUGCCUGGAGAACUCCUGGACUCACAGUAGCAAAAUGGGCCUCUCCCCACUCCGCUCCUCUUCCUCCCCGACCACAAAGCAAAGGGCGCCCUUCCUGGUGGAUGUGGGGCAACGGGUGUCGGGUGCCCAUCCAGAACUUUGCGGGGUCCCCUGGAGGACCAGUGGUGGAACUGGCCCCGGGUUCGUCAAAUUCCGCCGAUGCUUUCAGGCAUGAGCAGUGAUGUUAAACCAAAGCAAGAGGCUUCUUGACACAGUCGCCCUAAGCCUGGCUUCUCAGAGAACGUAUUGCAGUUUUCCAGGAGACUGAUUGAACAGAGAACAAGAUUGGCGUGGAAAAUGAGAGGCUUUUAAAAGUGGAAAUUUUUUGUUUGUCACUUUACAAGAAGUUGGACAGUGAAUUGUUUCAGGAAGAUGGAGAUCAUCAACAUCACCGCCUUACCAGUGACACCAGUGGAUGAAGACCUGGCCUUCUCUUUCAUUGCCUGGCACGCAACGCAGAGCACUGUGAGGAAGGAUUCAGAGGACAAUCCGCCCCCGUGCCUCAUUGGCUCCGUGCACCAGGUGAACAAAACGAUUGGGGAAAUAGACCUGACUUUCAACCCACUGGCCAACAGCCUGAAAACAGCGGAUAAAAAUCUGCUGGCAGAACUGUACCAAUAUCCCAAAUUUGACAGCUCUAAGCCAACCAAGCUUCCAAAUGGAGUGGACUUCUGUGACAUGGUGGGCAACGUGGUCCGGGCUGAGAGAAACACGCUCAGUGGCAAGGCUUUCUGUUCAGAGAGAGAAUUAGAGAAGUUUCUCUCUUCUCCUUCUCCAAGAGCCAUGUGGCUGGAUAGCUUCUGGUGGAUAUUUCAUGAGAGGUACCAGCCAAACCAGGAAGUCCAGAAUAAGCUGUUCGACCGGAUAGCUCAGCACUAUGCCUUCCUUUUGUUUUGUGGACCGAGGUCCCACUAUGAAGAGGCAAUCAUGAAAACGCUGCCGUCACUUCUGAGCAAAGGCCUAUAUACCAGCUUCUGCUGCUGCUUCCCACAGUCCUGGUUCAACACACAUGAAUUCAAGUCUGACAUCUGCAACACCAUAAGCCUGUGGAUUACAGGUACACGUCCUCGCCUACAGAUCUAUGAGAGUUGGGACUACUCGGAACUGGAUACAGAGAGAUUCCGGAGAGAAGAAUUAUUGCUGCAGAGGAAAAAAAUGUUAAGGGGAAGAGAGUUUUUUUCCUUCGCUGGUAAUAUAACUUCCUACCAGAAGCCAGAGGAGAGCAAGAAGUCCGACCACUCUCAGUCUUCUAAUGUAAAUUUAUCCAGUGAAAAAUGCUCUUCAGCCAAGCAGAAUUCAGAAGAAAACACAAGAGCACAGAAUACCGCAAAAGAGCAUUUUGGUCGUACCCUGGUCUUGAGGAAAGCUACACAACAAGUCAAGAGGAUAUCAGCAGCAAGAGAAUAUGAGAAUAUGCUUCCUCGAAAAUCUUGCCCUGCCUGCAAGAGCCCUGAGCUGACUUCAAACUUCUUGAACAUUUAUGGGAAGAGCCCUCUGAUCGUGUACUUUCUCCAUAACUACUCCACUCUGCAGCAGCACGGCGAGGACAUGUUGAUGGUCAGGAGGGAAAGAACCAAAAGUGUCCCUGAGUCCACCCCGACGUAUGCUGACAUCAUCAGCAUGACCCUGAGCAGCAUGAAGAAGCGAAAGGACAACUUCAAUCAGUUGUACCAGCUUCACUGGAAUGAAUGGAGUUACUUUAACGAUUACCUACAGGAACUGCAGGACAACUUCCUCAGGGAUGUGAAGAAUAUCACUCAAAGAGCAGCAGAUAUAAAAAAGGAAAUCCACAUGUUCAUCCCAUGUUCCAGCUGCAAUGAGGAAUUCCCUGACAAGAAACCUAAGGGAAGCCGCCAGAAAGAGGUCCAGUUUCUUUUAAGAAAGGAAAAGUUGGAAAGGGAAAGAGAAGAGAAACAGAAGUUGAACAUUUCUCCCCUCUCACUUCCAACCUCCAACGGAUGCUGUAACCUGGAACUAGGAAGCUCCUGCAGAAGCCGUGCUGUUUCUGCUACCAGGCAUUCCCUGUUGAGGUCUCACUGGGAAAGAGAAGGGCUGGGCUCUCUCUCUCUCGUAUGCACACACUUCCCAUCUCCCAUCCUUCCGAGAGGCAGAGAUCACCAAGAAGUCAAAAGCAAUGAAAAAAAGGAGGUAUUCACCCUGAGCCUCUCACCUUCCAGCUUACCUGAAUGAAUCCUUAUCGAAGAAUUCAGAGAAACUUUAUAGGUGAAGCCUGUAGUUGUAUCUGAUUUAAUCUAAAACAGAAAAAACAACUAAAAAAUAAUACUACAAAUAGAGACACAUUUAGUCAUUCCCAGUCCAUGGGACAAAGAAAUUAAAGUUCACUCCUAUCAUCGGCCAAAGUCACUAUUUAAAUUAAUUUACAUUAUUCAUAUAUGUGUUUACUUGCUAAAAUUCACUUAUUUAUUAAUAACACUAUAGAAUAUCUGAUAUUGUAUAACAUAAUAAUGGUAGUCAUAGAUGAUGUUACUUAUUGAGUACUUACUAUGUGUCGAGUGCUCUGUUAAGUCUGUUUUAGACAUUGUCUCGGUUAACCCUCCUGGGGGGGCCCUGUGAGGAGGAUAUCCUAGGAGGAAACUGGGGCUUGGAGAGGUUUAGUAAGUAUUUGUUAGGUAUCUAUUCUGUACCAUCCCUCCACUAGGCCCUGUGGAUACAGAGAUAGAUAAAGACUCAGUCCCUGACAUUACAAAGCUCACAAUCUGGAAGAAGGAGAAGAAUGUGUAAACCAAUAAAUGCUUUAAUACUUUUA